CUUUCUAUCGCUAUAUAUUGCGCAAAGUGCUUGGUGGAAACCAUCUUAACAUUAUCUCGGCAUAUACACCUUCAACAUCCAUAUUUGGUCACUGCUACAUUAUUAGCUUUUCCGGUUCUCGGACUGAAAUCCCUUUUAGUACACCUCAUUAAACACUCGGUAGCCUCAGUAAUGUCAAUCAUCACGACCGCUUUCGCGCUCUCACUUCUCGCCACCACUGCUUUCGCUGUUCCUCCAGAGACUCCGCGGAUUGAGCUUCAGGCGGAGAGAGGUUUGGGUGAUCAAUCCUAUGCUCCUUGGCAAGUCGAUUGCCCCUCCAACGUUACUUGGAUUAGAAAUGCCACUACUGGUUUAGGUACCGGCGAACGAGCCUAUAUUGAGGCUCGUGAAAAACUUGUCCAACCUGCGAUCGAGCAGAUGAUGGCUGCUCGAGGGCUCGAAACUCCUCCCCGGACACCUGUCAUCGGUGUCGCCUUGGCCGGUGGUGGUUACCGUGCAAUGCUUACAGGGUUGGGUGGUAUCAUGGGCAUGAUGAAUGAGAGUACGGAAGCGUCCCAAAGCGAGACUGGUGGUUGGCUUGACGGCGUAAGCUACUGGUCUGGUCUGAGCGGUGGAAGUUGGGCAACUGGGUCUUUCAUGUCGAAUGGGGGUCAGUUGCCCACAACUCUUCUUGAAAACCUCUGGAACAUCGAUUCCAAUCUCGUCUUUCCAGAUGACGGCAAACUUUCAUUCUACACUAAUCUUUACACUGAGACCAACGCCAAAUCAGACCUCGGUUUCCCAGUUCAAAUUACUGAUAUUUGGGGUCUUGCCAUUGGCUCCCACGUUUUACCCGAGCCUUACCAGCUCUCCAACACUCCUAAUCUCACUUUUUCUAGCCUUCCCUCUGUCGUCGCUGCCUUGGGCAACGCAAGCUUGCCCAUGCCCAUCAUUGUCGCAGCUGAACGAGAGGCUGGAGAGCUUGUCAUUGCCGAAAAUGCAACUGUCUGGGAGUUUACUCCAUACGAGUUUGGUUCUUGGGCUUUUGGUAGCCAAUACAAGAGCCCUGGUGCUUUCACCCCUAUUGAAUAUCUCGGUACUUCAGUGGACGAUGGCUCACCUAACGGUACCUGUUGGAAGGGCUUUGACCAGUUGUCCUUUGUCAUGGGAACUUCUGCGACUCUUUUCAAUGGUGCCUUUCUCGAACUUAACGGCACAGACAGCGGUCUUCUUACCAAUUUAAUCACUGCCUUCCUUGCGGAUCUGGGAGAGGACCAAGCUGAUAUUUCCCGUAUCCCCAAUAGUUUCUCCAAUUACAACUCGGGGGAGAACCCCAUCUACAACCUCACUUACAUCACCCUCGUCGAUGCCGGAGAAACCAACCAGAACAUACCCCUCGAACCUUUGCUCGUUCCCACCCGUGAUGUUGACGCGAUUGUGGCAUUUGACUCUUCCUACGAUUCUGACUAUAUUUGGCCAAACGGCACUGCUUUGAGGACUACCUACGAGCGAGCCAAGAUUUUAGCUGAGCACGAGAACACAAGGGUGUUAAUGCCCGAGGUCCCUAGCAUGAACGGCUUUGUCAAUGGUGGUUACAACUCAAGGCCUACUUUCUUUGGCUGUAACGAUACCACCACUCCUGUGAUCAUCUACAUACCUUCUUACCCAUGGAGCUUUGCUGCCAAUACUUCUACUUACCAACUUUCGUACGAGAAUAAUGAAGCCAACGAAAUGUUGCUCAACGGUAUGCGCUCUCUCACUCUCAACCACUCUGUCCCCACCUGGCCCACUUGCUUUGCUUGUGCUCUUACCGACCGCUCCUUCAUGUACACCUCCGAGAACCGAUCCACCACCUGUCAAGAGUGUUUUGACACUUGGUGUUGGGCUGGUGACGACAACACCACCGAGCCUGCGAAUUAUGAGCCUGUAAUCAACAGUGUUCCGCCCUGGUUGAUCGCCAACAACCUGAGUAUCGGCAUGGCCGAUGCUCCUGGGAGCAACGAAUCCACUGCUGGCACAGCGUCCAGUGGUGCAGCGAAGAUGGGUGUGGGCAUGGGUAUGGUCGCUCUCACUGCUGGUUUGGGCUUGAUGCUUUAGAUCGAAUAAGAGUAUCCUGUAAUUCUCGCGAGAGCAUUUAUUUAAAUUUUUCCUCUGCUUCAUUUUCCAUAUUUACUUCACAAGUAAACAAUCUACAAAUCGGAUCUUAAAUUAUACCAUUACUUCAUUGUCCCAUAAAAGCUCUGGCUACUGCUGCAUGCUCCACAGCAUUGAGUCACGUAUACAUGCGUAAUAAUCAUCUAAUGUAUAAUCUGUUCAUAUA